GUCAUCAUCAUGUGAACAGGAAGGAUGUGGAAAAUGAUGAACAACUCUGUCUCUUUAUAUAGAGUUGAGAUUGCAGGUCUCUGAGCUGUCAGUUCACAUCACACCACAUCACAUCAAACUGGCUGGAAGAAUCUGAGCAAAGUGAACUUAGCUGUGGAGGAAAUGAAACUUGAACAGAAAAACGGGGAAAUCAUGUACAAUCACCUCUGCCCCAUGGAUCUCGGGUUAUUCCAGGCUUUGGAGAGAGAAAGAGUCCUGGAGGUUCUUCAGAGAGACAAAGCACUUCGAACCAUUGAAGCAGACAGAAUCAGGAGGCUGAAGGUAGAACUUCAGGGUAUCUGUCGACAGGGUGCCAAGACCAUCACACGUCCCUAUGGUCAGAGAUCAUGUGCACGCUGUCAGAGGCUUCUGGGAAAGUUCUGGGACUGUGGUUCGGUGUGCUGCGGGUGCAGCCAUCGCAUAUGUAAGCGCUGUCGGGUCGUCUGCUCUGCACAGGAGUGGAAGUGCACACUGUGUCAUGCAUACAGGGAAUUUAAGAUCAAAUCUGGUGAAUGGUUUCUGGAACAGCAAGCAAAGAAAUUUCCAGAUCUCAGAGAAAACAGUCAUGAAACCAUCGGAGACAAACUAUUACAGUCUUAUCGACGUCUCAGUUUUAUUGCAGUUGUGCCUCCAACUCCUCCUCCGGUUUAUGAAGCCCCAUCAUAUAACAGAUUGAUUCAUUUAACAGAACAGGACCUCAAAAAAUCAAAGCCAUUUACUAAAUCUGUGGAGAACCUAAUGGUGUCUGUCAGUGCUCACAUAAAAAAGUUCUCCAAAUCUCAGAAUGAUCUGAGUGUGGAAGCGGGUCAGCUGACCGUGGAUCACGGACUCCUGCAGAACUCAAGACACAAGAGCCGAUCUGAGAGUGCCAUCAACAAAGCCAAUCUUUGCAAAGCACCAAGUCUUCCCAAUCUAUCCCAGAACAGCAGAGGCACAGAGCAGUAUGCUUCAACAAGUACACUUUACCUGACAGAUGACGACGCUUCAUAUACAUCUGCAUACAGCGAUGAUCAGAGGGACAGCAACAGUAGCACAGGAAUGGACUGUGGGAUCUUUGAAAGCAAUAGUGUGACUGGAGAAGUAGAGGUUGCCUUCGGUUACAACAACAGGACGUCCUGCUUGGAGAUAACUAUCAAAGCCUGCAAAAAGCUGAUGUUUGGAGAUAUGAAGAAGAAAUGUCAUCCGUAUGUAAAGGUCUGUUUGCUUCCAAAGAAAUACCACGAUUAUAAGAUGAAGACAGCAGUCAAGAGGGGAAAUAACCCGGUUUACAAUGAAACCUUUACUGUGAGUAUUUACAACCAGAGUUUACUGGUAAACACUGCUUAUAAAAAAAAAUCAGUGUAAUUUUAGUAUAACUGA